UGUGAAGCCAUAUUACGUUGAGUUUAUCAUCAGUUCUAGGAGUUUAGAGCCAGGGUCAGGUGCAACUGUUUCGUGUGCCAGAUAAGUAGAAUGGACUAAUCCUACAGUCUAUCCCUGUAUCCCUGUAUCCCUGUAUCCCUCUUCAGACAAUGGAAUUGUGCGUAUUCAUCCAAAAUAGAAUUAACGUAUCCCCCUCAACCAACUAAAUCACACAAUCUUUAAACAAAGUGAGAAAUUAAACUAUUUAGUGAUAAAAACCCCGUUUAUAAACCCCGGAAGUGCUGUGACGUAGACCGGAAGUGAGAACCGGAAGACGGAAGAUCUUCCAACUUAGUUCUCCAGCUCAGUUAAUACUCUCUCCGCUAAAGAUGUAUAUUCUGUUGUAUCAACUCUCUCUACUGGUCUCCUUGAGCUCCCAGAUAUCUAUACUAGAUAGAAAGAAAUUAUCCUCCUGCAAGUUUAACCCACUCUGCCUCUGCUCAUCAAACGGGGAUGAUCUGGGGGCUGUAGAGUGCAAUGGUAUAGAACUAGCAGACGUUCCACAAGAUCUCAUAGAAUCGAGGGUUUUUGCGUUAACCCUGUCAUCUAAUUCCUUGAGAGUGAUACAAGAAGAUAGACUGAGAAACAUGGGUUGCUGGAGUGUUGAAAUCAGUAGAAACCUGCUGACAAGAUUACCUCCCGCUACCUUCAGUGGUUUGGAGCGGUCAGUCUGGAGGUUAAUUCUUGCAGGAAACCGGUUCCAAGAGAUACCGUACACUAGUAUUCAGAGACUUAAUAAACUUAAUCAUCUAGAUCUUGCAGAUAAUGAGAUUUGUGAGCUGGAUGUUACCCAACUGAAGACUCUACCACCUUCUAUUAAAUAUAUUAGUUUAGCCGGAAACUCUAUUGCUUCAGUCCCUGAAGGAGUAUUCUGGAAUCUAGGAGAACUGACUGAACUAGAUCUAAGCAGGAACAUGAUAAUCAACAUACACAGUAUGGCUUUAAACACAGGCCUACCCGUCCUGGCAACUCUAAACCUAGCAGACAAUUUACUAUCCAAAAUACCUUUCAUGGCUAUUGAGAACCUCAACGCUCUAAAAAUGCUAG